AUGGCGCGGCUCCCGGCGGUCGCCCUCGGUUGCAUCAGCCUCCUGUACCUGCAGCUGCCGGGCGCGCUGUCCCUCGGCCCGGCGGGGAGCCGGCUGCCCGCGCGACGCAGGGAGCCCCCAGCCCGGACUCCUCACAGUGGCUCGCAGCCCCGGCGCCCUGCAGCCCGGCCUGUGGUCUGGGAGCUGCACCGGGCCUUCCAACCCCAGAGGAGGGCCAGCCUGGCCCCUGCGGUGGGUCAGCCUCUCCGGCAUGGCCCUGGUCGACAUGUGGGUCCCCGCAGGCUCCGAGCCCAGCUCCUGCGUGUGGGCUGUGCGCUGGGCACCUGCCAGGUGCAGAACCUCAGCCACCGCCUCUGGCAGCUUGUCGGGUCAGCUGGCCCACGGGACCCAGCCCCUGUGGACCCCAGCAGCCCCCACAGCUACGGCUGAGGUGGGCAGGCCAUCCCCCUGCCUGUCCCCGCUGGGAUGCUGCACCCCAACCCCAGAGCCGCAGCUGAGCCCCCG